GUUUUAUUUGUCCUGUAUUUUUUCUCUCUCUCUCCAAGGCAGUAAAUCCCGCACGUUUUUGUUAUGCUAAUACGGGCUGACAUCACCACUCACAUCAAAGCCCCGAGGAGCGCAUAAAAGCAGGUUCCGUCAGCCGGAGAAGAGCCAUAAAGGACUUUUGCAGCUGUGGAGCUGGACGGGGGUUUAGGAAGAAGAAGAGGCGAUCGCCUGCGACUCAGGAGCCACACACACACAGAGAGAGAAAAAGACGCGCACUUUGCAACAUCUUCCCAGAGCCUCUUUUGCAUUAUUAUUAUUUUUUGCAAUCAUUUUUCCCCUCCUUCCCGAUUUGCUCCCCCGUUCCAACUUCCCAGCGUCUCUUUCUCUCUCUCUCUCUCUCUCCAAAUCCCUCGCCCGUCCUAGCUGUGUGUUUUUCAGUUUAACAUCUAUUUUUCCCUCCGGCUGAUCUUCCUGAGCUCGGGAACUGUGUUUGGGAACCGUAUCUUGGACUGCUAACAUCUGCAAAACCGAGGCGUCCUCUCUGCCCAGGAAACAUUUGGUGAAGCGGGGCUGUUGAAGACAUCGCCCACCUCAAAUCCCCUUCCUUCCCCACCCCAGUUUUUGGAAGACGAUUUUGGAGAAGGGACAAGGAAGAAGAUUUCCCCCUCCCCACCGCUGCCAAAAGAUUGGUGUUUUGAGGAAUUCCUCUCUCCUCCCUCCUCUCCCACAAAGGAGGGUUUUUUUCUUCUCCCAAAAGCCACUUUUAUUUUUUCCUGAAGAGAUUUUGUGGCGAAAAGAGAGAGGUAGAACCGGGCAAAGAUGACACGGCAAUUUUUGGUGGCCUUUUUCCUGGCUUUCGUUCUGCAGAAUGGGACCUGCAACGGAAUCAAGUGGCUAGCCUUGUUCAAGACUCCCUCGGUUCUAGCCCUGAACCAGACGCAGCACUGCAAGCAGCUGGAAGGGCUGGUGGUUUCGCAAGUCCAGCUGUGUCGGAGCAACCUGGAGCUGAUGCAAACCAUCAUCCAGGCCGCACGGGAAGUGAUCAAGACGUGCCGCAAGACGUUCUCCGACAUGCGGUGGAAUUGCUCCUCCAUCGAGCUGGCGCCCAACUACCUCCUGGAUUUGGAGAGAGGCACCAGGGAGUCGGCCUUUGUGUACGCCCUCUCCGCCGCAGCCAUCAGCCACACCAUCGCCAGAGCCUGCACCACCGGGGACCUCCCUGGCUGCUCCUGUGGUCCCAUCCCAGGUGAGACACCUGGACCUGGGUAUCGCUGGGGAGGAUGUGCUGACAACCUCAACUAUGGUCUUGUCAUGGGGUCCAAAUUUUCAGAUGCUCCCAUGAAGAUGAAAAAAUCAGGAUCACAAGCCAAUAAGCUGAUGCAUCUGCACAACAGUGAAGUAGGGAGACAGGCCCUGAAAGCUUCUCUGGAGAUGAAAUGCAAAUGCCAUGGAGUAUCUGGUUCCUGCUCGAUCAAGACCUGCUGGAGGGGGCUUCAGGAACUGAGAGACAUUGCCCUGGAUUUAAAAAACAAAUACCUUUCAGCUACAAAGGUGGUGCAUCGGCCUAUGGGCACCCGCAAGCAUCUAGUCCCCAAGGAUCUUGACAUCCGCCCGGUAAAGGAGACGGAGCUGGUUUAUUUGCAAAGCUCGCCUGAUUUCUGCAUGAAGAACGAGAAAGUGGGAUCGCACGGGACUCAGGACAGGCAAUGCAACAAGACCUCUAACGGCAGCGACAGCUGUGACCUUAUGUGCUGCGGCCGCGGCUACAACCCCUAUAUGGACAAGGUGGUGGAGCGCUGCCACUGCAAGUACCACUGGUGCUGCUACGUCACCUGCAAAAAGUGCGAGAGGACUGUCGAGAGAUACGUGUGCAAGUGAGGCUCCCUCCUCGUGCCGCUCGGCUCCCCUCUGGGCCCACAGACUGAGACAUCUGUGCCACAUUUCCCAGCGCUUUUCGGACAGGAGAAAAGCUUUCCGAAGCCUGGACGAUGUUUGCUUUGCUUUUUUAAACAAGAAACCCACAAGACUGUUGGAAAGCCAUCGCAACGCUGGGAUGACCAGACAUUUCAUAAAUUGGGAAGCAUCUUUCACAAUCCGCGGAGGACAGCAUCGCUUAAGCUGGCAAACAGGUGUUGGCGCUUGGAUCUUCCUUGCCAAAACAACCGCAAAGACCAAACUCGGUUCUUAUAUAGUGGACAACCGGUCUUCUUGUUAUUGUUCAAUGCCUGGCCACUGAGUGCCUUCUGUGUGUGGUAUGGGGCCGGGGGAAUGGGAAGCGGGUUGCCAGGAAUCGGAUAAGAACACAUGAAAGUCAAUACAGGAGAGCCUUUGUUUCUCUGUUGUAACGUAACAUGACAUUGGAUAGCGGACAAAGGAAAUUUUACAGUGUUUUACUGCAGAGGCUCUCUCCCUCUCUCUCUCUCUCUCUCCUGGUUCCCUUUUCACAACAUCGUUCUUUUUUUGGAUGGGAGUGCCGUCAAAGGAGGAAAGAUCCCCAUAGUAUUUUGCCCCCGUUUUCCCCUUCUUUCUAGGGUUGAGUGACUGUGCCUGGUGUGAGUGAUUGCUUUUGACCAGAGCUUCCCAAACUUGGGUCUCCAGCUGUUUUUGGACUACACAUCCUAUCAUCCCUGACUGCUGGUCCUGCUAGCUAGGGAUGAUAGGAGUUGUAGUCCAAAAACAGCUGGAGACCCAAGUCUGGGAAACCCUGCUUUUGACACACGGUCACUUUGAGAAGCUGAUGACCCAGCGGAAAGGAGCAGGCAAGGAUCAAGCCCCGUUCCUCAAAAGUGAGCGCCCACUGUCGUGAAUUUCACGAUGCAUCUCGCUUUCUCUUGAGUUCUCUCUUGUGUGCCUUGCUCAGAGGCUCCUGCGCUUGCAGAGCAUGUCCAGAAGGAGGCGGUAUGCCAUGCAUCUGAAUUGGCAGAGAGGGAGGGCGCAAACAUCAAGAACAACGCAGGAGAGACUUGGGGCACCUCCAGGCUGUCUUAGUUUUGUGGGUAGGAUUCAGUUGCAGACCAGCAAAGACAGGUUGCACAACUGGAACCAAUCUAGCCGCCUUGGGGACUUUUGCUGGAAGUAAAGUGAUGGGGAAGAGCUCUUGCUGGUUGCCUAACCUCCCUGCAGGCAAAUCAAGAUGCAUGCUCAAUAAGCAGGCCAUCUGGAAGUGCUCAAAGUCCUACUCUUGCAGCAACCACUACCUCCCACAGCUUUAGAUUUGGGGCUGGGCAGUUGGAGGGUAGCCUCCCCCCAGAGUUGGCAUCAGGUUUCUGGGAGCCCUGGGCAUGGUGUCCUCUGGGGGGUCCCCAUUGCAACCUGGUGGUCUCCCCAAGGAAGCUUAUGAGGUGCCAGUGGGGAAGAGACCCUUGUGCUUUGAUAUUUUUCUGAGGGCAGCGGGCACACUGCAAAGCAGAGCGCCCCCUGAGGCUGUAGCUGCACGCUGCCUUUUCUCUAGAAUGCUUCUAAGUCCUGAAAGUGGCGAGCGACUGCAACCUUGGCAUCACGGCACACUUGCCGUGCAAAAGAAAGCCAAACAAAAGAAAACGAUGCCAGCAACCAACAUCAGAACCAGUGGGCACUUUGGGGUUGCCCUGGCAGUUGCCUGAGCAUGCUGGGUGCCAACGGCAGGCCUGGCUUCACCCCUGUCAGCCGUGAAAAGUCAAUGGAGCCUCCAGGUUCAAGAGCAGUCUUUCUCGAAAUACCAGUUGUUGGGAAAACAGAGUCAGGGACAGCAACCGUUGUCUUUGUGGCAUUCUGGGAUGCACCCGGUGGACCACUCCCAGGACCAGGACGCUGAGCUUUCACGCCAAUCCAGCAGGGCUCUUCCUUAUGCCCUGGCCCCAGACCUGCCAGCUGCUGAUCCUUGCAUCGAUCCACCUUGAAAGAGAGCUUCGGCGGCAAAGGACAAUCUCAUGCGUCCCAUUCAUGGUGUCAAGAUAUGGCUGGGAAUGUGCAUAAUCUUGGAUUGGUACCCAAAGUUCAGCUGCUAUUAUUCCCAAGCAGGGAAUCGUGGCAUGGCACUGCUGUAAGUGUGUAGCACAGAUGGGACCUAAAAUAACCACGGCAAGUGAUGCGUUGAGGAAAACCACAUGGCAGAUUUUGUGGUUGUUGUUGUUUUUUUAAAAAAAGAAUAUAAUUAUACAGUCGUACCUUGGAAGCCGAACGCCUUGGGAGUUGAACGUUUUGGCUCACGGACGCCGCAAACCCGGAAGUGAGUGUUUCCGGUUUGCGAAAGUUCUUUGCGAAUGACGCAACUUCCGCAGCUUCCGAUUGGCUGCUCAAACUGUUUCGGGAGUCGGACGGACUUCCAGAAUGAUUCUGUUCGACUCCCGAGGUACCACUGUAUAGCUGAGUUCGAAGCUUGGAAGCUGGACCUAGCCAGUUCCUCAGUCUGUCUCAUUCACACAUCACUUGCAUUGCUCAAAAGAGUUCCUAAAACACAGAGAAGUCUCGUUGGUAAAGGAAAAAACAGUUAUUUACUUAUAGUUUCUUCAGAUUUACAAGGAUGGCUUUGGAUUUUAAACCUUACAUGGUGGGAGCUGGUUUCUCGUGGCUGCUUCAUGCAGGAGAGAGGAAGGAAGAGUUUGGGAAGGGGAAGGGUAUUGCUUGGGAAUUUGGCAGGAAACCGCGAAGAAUAUUCAUCCCUGACUAUCUAUUAGUCUCUGGGACGCGGGUGGCGUUGUGGGUUAAACCACAGAGCCUAGGACUUGCCAAUCAGAAGGUCGGUGGUUCGAAUCCCCGCAACGGGGUGAGCUCCCGUUGCUCGGUCCCAGCUCCUGCCAACCUAGCAGUUCGAAAACACGUCAAAGUGCAAGUAGAUAAAUAGGUACCACUCCGGCGGGAAGGUAAAUGGCGUUUCCGUGCGCUGCUCUGGUUUGCCAGAAGCGGCUUAGUCAUGCUGGCCACAUGACCCGGAAGCUGUACGCUGGCUCCCUCGGCCAGUAAAGUGAAAUGAGCGCCGCAACGCCAGAGUGGGCCACGACUGGACCUAAUCGUCAGGGGUGCCUUUAACUUUAUCUAUUAGUCUCAGCCUUGCCCUCUCCUGAACGGAGGCAUGCAAUGUUGCUUAUACCCAACCACAGACCAAGACAAGGAGAAAGGUUUGUGUUGGGGACACCUGGGCUCAAGUCUGUGGGUGGUUCUGCUAGGCCAGAGAUGGGAAAGGUGUGGACAUAGGUCAUCUUGGCCAACCCCCUGACCAGCAAGAAUCACAACUAAAGAAUAUUAUCUGCUGGUACCCUGAGUCUCACUGCAGUUGGUUCUGGAGGGGGGCGUUCAUGUUUGUGUGUGUAUGCUAGCUACAGACGAAGAGUCUUGAGACCCCCACAGAGGGAUAUGCAUGAAUUUCAGACACUGACGUUGUCCCUUUUUGGCAGACCUCGCCAAAAACCCUGGGACAGGCUGCACGGUCCUGCCAGGAUUAAUCCCAGCACAGAACCACUAUCUUUCGCAGAUGUACAUAUUUUGUUUUGUAUGCGGAACAUACAGAAAUAUUUAUGAAAAUAUAUCCGUUGCUUUCCCCACCCUCUAUUCUACUUUAUAUAUAAAUAUUAUAUAUAUAUAUAUAUAUAUAUAUUAUAUAUAUAUUACAAGCAAGCUUAACAAUGGUAUGAAAUAAAGGCUGGAAUUGCACACGAAUCUUGAGAAUGCU